AUGCUCGUAUCACUAUCUAUUUCCGCUGCCCUAUGGGCGAUAGCUCUAGGCUACAACACUGUUCAACCCAAAGUCGGUGAUACUGUUUCUCGUUGGAAGUCAGGAUAUAGCUUCACCGGAAUCCAGACCUUUGCCCAUCUGCCUCAUAUCGAAUGCCUUGUCGAACAGGACAAGCUUUUUGACCUUGCUGUCAUUGGUGUUCCCUUUGAUACUUCGGUGGCCUAUCGUCCAGGUGCAAGAUUCGGCCCAAAGGCGAUCCGUAGCGCAAGCCAGCGGCAAAUACCUGCAAGAGGGUUCAACCAUGCUCAAGGCCUGAAUCCGUAUCUCAACUGGGCCACCGUCCUCGAUUGCGGCGACAUCCCAGUGACACCUUUCGAUAAUGCAGUCGCAUUCAAGCAGAUGACGGAGGCGUACCGUGAUCUUCUUCGUCGGCCAGCAAAAACCCAACCCCGAACCACCACUCCAAAAGCAUUGGGAAAGGACGGCAUCUAUCAUCCACGCCUCCUUACUCUGGGUGGUGACCAUUCGGUGGCAUUGCCGGCACUGAGAGCUCUUCAGGAGAUCUACGGACCUGUUAGCGUCCUGCACUUCGAUAGCCACCUUGACACAUGGAAUCCGGCAUCUUUGGCUGGAGCGUGGGCCUCGGAACAGUCGGAUUACAAUCAUGGUUCAAUGUUUUGGAUUGCCCAUAACGAAGGACUCAUUGCUGAGGAGGGAAACAUCCAUGCAGGCCUGCGUACGCGGAUUUUUGGGAAUGGCUAUGGCGACUAUGAGGAAGACGCUAAGCAAAAUUUCCAGUAUAUCGAAACCGAGGAUCUUGAUGUCGUCGGGGUGGAAGGCGUCGUCGAACGCAUCAAAGAGGUCGUUGGCGACAGACUUGUAUAUCUUAGCAUUGACAUCGAUGUGCUCGAGCCCGGUCUUGCACCAGGGACCGGAUGUCCCGAACCUGGAGGUUGGACAACAAGAGAGCUCAAGGCAAUAUUGAGGAGCCUUACUUCCUUGAACAUUGUUGGCGCCGACGUCGUCGAAGUUGCACCGCCGUACGACGAUUCGGGCGAGUCAACAGCAUGGGCCGCUGCAGAUCUUGCGUACGAAUUAUUCGGGUUGAUGGUGGGGAACCCAUUGUAUUCUGUUGAUGGAUAUAUCGAGAGGAAAAGUUUCGGAGGUGGAAUGAAGAAGUCCUGGAAGAAAGACGAGCUUUGA